GAUCCUCUCCAUUCCGAAUCCCCAAGAUUUUUUGUGAUUUUUCUAGUGGGUUUGCUGUCUCUCAUACUCUGCCAUCAUGUAUCAAGAAGGCUACAACUUCCACGGUUCAACCUUUGAACAGAGUUACCGUUGUUAUCCUGUCUCUUUUAUUGAAAAGUCACAUCUGGAGAAGGGUGAUAAAAUCAUAAUGCCUCCCUCAGCUCUUGAUCGUCUUGCUUAUUUACAAAUCGACUAUCCAAUGUUAUUUGAACUCAAUAACCCUUCUGCUGGAAGAGUUUCUCAUUGUGGGGUGCUAGAAUUCAUUGCUGAUGAGGGCCUCAUAUACUUACCAUACUGGAUGAUGGAAAACAUGCUCUUACAAGAGGGAGACAUUGUGCAUGUCAAGAAUGCCAGCUUGUCAAAGGGAACUUUCGUGAAGCUGCAACCCCACACCAAGGACUUCUUGGAUUUAUCCAACCCGAAAGCUAUCCUUGAGACAACACUUAGGAACUAUUCUUGUUUGACUUCUGGCGACACCAUCAUGGUUGCUUAUAACAACAAGAGAUACUACAUUGAUAUAGUAGAGACAAAACCUUCCCCUGCAAUAAGUAUCAUUGAAACAGACUGUGAGGUGGACUUUGCCCCUCCUCUUGAUUAUAAAGAACCUGAAAAACCUGCUCCUUCUACCCCGUCAAACAAGACACCACCAGAAGUUCAAGAAGAAGAGCCAGCCAAAAAGAUACCCAAAUUCAAUGCAUUCACUGGCUCGGCUAGACGAUUGGAUGGAAAACCUUCAGUGCAGUCGCAUGCACCCGUUUCCUCUCCCAUGCUCAAACAGCACCAAUCAAAGGCUACCGAUGGGACUAAUGGCUCUGUGUCUACUAGCUCUUCCCGCCAGCAUCGUGGGAAGCUUGUUUUUGGUUCGAAUGUGGAUCAAGCUCCAAAUGCAACACCAAAAGCUACUCCAAAAGAAAGCAGUCAAGAAUUAUCACAGCAGGCAGAAGAACCUAAGUUCCAGGCAUUCACUGGCAAGAAGUAUUCACUGAAACGCUGAUGCCGAUAUAUAUAUAUAUAUUAAUUUUAGAUCUCACAUUCCUUUUUGAAAUAUGUGACGGACAAGAAUCAAUGCAGUGAUGGAAGGCUGAGCCUAAUCCUCCAGACUCCUAGCUACCGUUUUCAAGCUUUUGCAGCUAGGAUGUAUUUAUCAAAAUUCAAAAUAUUAUGAUGCACAUUAACAAUUAUAAAGUAUAGGUCCUUUUGGUAUUUAAUCAUUUGCAUUGAAUUAAUAAAUGUCUUUUGACAGAUUUGGCUCUUCCAUAUCUGUGUGGAAUUGUUCUCCAUUCUUCUCUAUAUGGACAAAUAUUAGCUUUUUGAGUGGAUUUGUCUUUUUCUUUGUUUGACAUGAA